AUGGGGAAUGUUCUGUCUAAUGUGGAAGGACUUGUAGAAAAUGGUCAAAAUACUAGAAAUGAUAAUGAAACUGAAUCAGACUCUUCGUGGAGCGAUGAACCAUCUAAUUCUGAGGAUGAAAAUAACUUUUCAUACGAAAAUUACGCCCAACCAGUUGCCUCAAUACAAGAACAAGAGCAAUACAUGAAGGUUGCAUCCGAACAAAAUGAACGGGACACAGUUAUGGGAAAUCGUUUUCAAGGAAACAUCGAAAUAGAUUCAUGGUGUGAUUGUUCCCAAUGCUCCUUGGAGGGAAUAUCUAAAAAAGAAGAAUGUUUUUGUUGCUGUGAAAUAGCAGAGUGCAGAGAGUUGUUAGAUAGCAUCAACACUAGCUCAAGGCAGAACCUAGACACCAGUAAUGUCAUGACAUGUAUAUGUUUUCAUCCUGGGUUUAUCUCUGGAUGCCUUGAUGAAUGGGUACUUUUGCUGGCUGGUUUGGGUCUCAGGACAAGGAAGGGUAAACGCUAUGAUUUKAUGUAUAAAGGUGGUUCUGUAUCCAGGAAUCAGUAUUUGCGUUCAGUGUCGUAGAGACAAUUUUCAAGAUUAGUAUGGGGCUACCUUGGAUGCUCAAAAAGAUUCCCUCUGCCAUGCUGUGCCUACUCUCCAAUACAGCAGAAGUUUCCCUCAGAGGAUGGGCAAUAUAAAGGUUUCGAAGAGGAGGAGGAGGAGGAAGAAGACGAUGAUGAUGAAGAAGAGGAGGAGGAGGAGGAAGAAGAAGAUGAUGAUGAAGAAGAGGAGGAGGAGGAGGGAGAAGAAGGCAAUGAUUGAUUAAUUGUAUACAAGGUAAUUUUGUCAAUGCAUAAUUUUGCUUUCUUACGUUUGCUUUAUGGAAGAGUGUAAAUGACCAUUCAUGUAAUGAAUGAUGCAAAUGCACAGGCCAUAUGAAUUUCGUAUUCCUAAAUAUUGAA